GCUGUGUAGUAGCAGCCUCAGAAACAAGCUCCUGAUCCUCGUGGACUCAGCCUGGCCAGAUGGGGACUGUUUGGUUAACCCGAUUCAAAACAGCAGGAAAUUGAUAGUUAUUUUGUGCAUGUAGUUUCACAGCGGGAUCAGAGGGAGAUGGAGGCUUGCUCGAUGAUUGGAGAGAGCACGGAUGCGAUAGUGAUGGAUGAUUCUCCCAUGGACGAGAGGGGGAUUCAGGAAGCUUGCCAAAGCGAGAUCCCGGCGGUGUCUCUGUGCCCUCCUGACAGCGAGUGUUCAAUCGAGGCCCAGUUGACAGUCAUCCAGUCUGAAGGGGAGCUACAUGACAGCUGCAGCAGCCUCGGCAGACCCUCUUCCUCCUGCCAGCUUUAUCACCAGGUCCCCCGGGGUCCUCAGGCUGGGACCUAUGAUUCACCACAGGUCCGCAAAUGUCCCCACUGCAGCCAUUACGGUCCAAUCAAACCAAACACCUGCCGCAGCUGUCACACAAACACAACAGGUCCUCAUGGUGAAGGUGGUGUUGUGGUGAAAGUUGGACAUAACCAUGGUUCUGCCCAUCAGACGUCUCGUCACGGGGCGGUGAGGUGUCACUGGCUGCAUGGGUCAAAUGAGAGCAGGACACAGAAACCGAUGCAGCGACAUGUGGUGACAGUAAGGGACGGAGGACUCUACUGCAUCCUCAGAAAUUACUCCCAGCUGAUAGUAGACUACCCACUGGCAGUGUUAGUGAGUUGUGCCGUGCUACUGCUGGGAUGCUCACUGGCCGGACUCUUCAUCGGUCCACUGCCAGACUUCUCUGAUCCGCUGCUGGGCUUUGAGCCACGGGGAACAUACAUCGGAGUUCGCCAGUCCAGCUUGUCUGAGCUGCAGGAGAACACUGGCCCGGGGAGAAAACUGUCUCCUUUACCACAGCAGCUCAGUAAAAGUUUUGGCGGUGCUGUCAGUGGAGACGGCAGCAGCAGCCAGGACGCUUCCAGGCUUCGCUUCAAGAGGAUGCUGGCUCGAGACUUGUCUCCAGACACGUUUCUCUGUGAUACUCCAGGCGAGCGUUUGGCUCAGCUGGUGUUUCGAUCAGAAAACUCAGCCAGUCUCUGGAGUCUGAAGGCCAUCCACGCCAUGUGUGAGAUGGAGCAGUCCAGGAUUCGCUCCCAGGCUCAGUUCCAGGACCUGUGCCAGCAGCAUGUGAGGGGGGAGGCCGAGGGAACGUCCAGGGGCGGCUGUUGUCCGAGCUGGUCUCUGGGGAAUUACUUGGCUGUCCUCACUAAUGCCACCUGCUGCCUCAGCCUCACCUCACACCAGGUGUCUGAAUCUCUGAGCCUCCUCCGGAAAUGUGCCCCAUACUAUCACGAAGGACAUCUGGUGGAAGCCUGUGUCGAGAGACCCAAACACGACGGCUGCUCCUCCGUCCCGUCCCGCUGUAAACAGUCCCGUGUGGUGUUCCAAAUCCUGCACUUCCUGGUUGACAAAGACUUCCUCAGCCCGCAGACUGUUGAAUACCAAAUCCCAACGCUGAAGUACAGCCUUCUGUUCCUACCCGUCGACAAAGGAGAACACAUGAUGGAGAUAUACAUGAACAGCCUCGAGAGCAGGGAUCUGACGUACAACAACACCACUAUAACUGGCAUGGACUUUGGCAUCAAGCAGAAGCUUUUCAAGCAUUACCUGGCCAGAGAUUCAGUCUACCCUGUCCUGGCUGUUGUAUCACUUCUUUUCACUAUGGCUCUUUAUCUCCACUCUCUCUUCAUAGUAGCAUUAUCUGUUAUAGCAAUCACAUGCUCCCUCCUGACCUCCUAUUUCUUCUAUAAAGUAGCAUUUCGCCUGACAUUCUUCCCCCUGGUCAACCUCUCAGCAGCUCUUAUUCUCUUAGGAAGCUGCUCCAAUCAGGUUUUCAUCUUUGCUGAUUUCUGGAAUCUGCAGCUAUCGCAGAACCCCUCGGCCUCCCUGGAGAAGAGAGUAAACAGAGCUUUGCAGGAAGUCGGCUAUUUGAUUCUAGCUUCGGGGCUGACCUCCAGCGCAGCAUUUUUCUCCGGUUAUCUCAGCAGCAUCACAGCAAUCAGAUGUUUUUCUGUUUUUCUAGGAACUGCCUCAUUUAUCAGCUCCAUCUUGGCGUUGGUAUGGCUGCCGUGCUCUUUCAUUCUGCGCGAGCGCUACACAGAAGCAUCCUCUGCAUCUGCAGCGGUGCAGGGAUGGAAACCAUGCUGCUCCAAGAACACGGGCGGCUUCUGGGAUACGAGCUCGCGCAAGAGAUGCCUUUUCACUCUUGGGCAGAAGCUGAGAGAAUUAAAAAGAGGUCUCAGUGAUACUUCCAAUUUGUUAUUUCUGAAAAUCCUGCCCUGUGGAGUGGUGAAGUUUAGGUACAUUUGGGUGUGCUGGUUUGCCGUGCUUGCUGCCGGGGGCACGUACAUGUCCUGCAUUGACCCAGGCAUGAAGCUGCCCACCUUAGACAGCAGGGUUGCCCAGCUUUUCCGCUCCAGUCACCCGUUUGAAAGAUACGACGCAGAGUAUCGUCACAUGUUUAUGUUUGAGAGACAGAGGAAUGGAGAGGAUAAACCUGUUACGAUAAUGCUUGUUUGGGGUGUCAAACCCACUGAUAACGGGGAUCACUUUAACCCCAAGAGCAAUGGCUCUUUGGUUCUUGACCCAGAUUUCAACAUGAGCCAGCCAGACGCUCAGGUUUGGUUGAGAGACUUAUGUGGACGGGUUCAGAACCAAAGUUUUUAUUCCCCCCCGUCACCUGAGGAUAAGGAUGUCAUGACAGACAAUAUCUGUCUUGUGGAGCAGCUAAUACAGUGGGUGUCUGUCAGACGGUGCUCUGAGAGUGACGACUCCCUCCCUUUUUGCUGUAAUGACAUCCCUUUCCCCUACCCUCCCAGUGUUUUUGAGAACUGCCUCAGUAUGAUGCUGGCAGAGAGGUAUGCUGAGGGCCAUCUGGCCCACAGCGGAGGCCUGUACUUCCAGCCAGAUGGCAGGGUCGCUGCCCUCGUGUUGGCAUUCAAAACCACAUACCUCUACAGCUUCAACUUCAGCAGAACCAGUCUUUUCUACAGAGAAACGCUGACAUGGUUUAACAGAGAAAUAUCAGGGGCACCACAGGGGCUGGAGAACGGCUGGUUCAUCAGUCAUCUGUCUCUUUUUGAUCUACAACAAGCCUUAAGCUCAGAGACUCUCGUAGUAGCUGGCUUCUCAGUAGCUCUCACAUUUGCUUUGCUUCUCUUAACCACCUGGAAUAUUCCACUGAGCAUAUACGGGACUGUAGCUGUAGGAGGAAGUGUUUUUGUCACCAUCGGCCUCCUUGUGCUUCUUGAAUGGCAGCUGAGCGGCAUUGAGGCUCUGUUUAUAUCAUCAGCGGCAGGGCUGUCUGUUGACUUUAUUGCCAACUACUGCAUUUCCUACAGCUUGGCUCCUCAUGCAGACAAAAUUGGUAAAGUAGCACACUCCACUAAAAGGAUGGGAUGUCCCGUAGCAAUAGUUUCUGGUGCAUUUUUCUCCAUGGGGAUAAUCAUGCUGCCUGCCACGGUGUUGCUGUUCAGAAAACUGGGGAUUUUCCUGUUUCUGGUGAAAUGUGUAGCAUGUGGAUUCGCAACCUUCUUCUUUCAGUCCCUGUGCUGCUUUUGUGGGCCCCAGAAAAACUGCGGAAACAUCAUGCUGCCGUGUUUUUCAGACCACAGUGACGGCGUGCUGUCGUCUUGCUCGGCAGCAGAGCCCGGUUCAUCGUCAGCGUCGGCUGCGAACGGAGCCUUUGGCAGAUCUAGAGUAAGGAGGAGUUAUGACAAAGAAGCAGGUGGCUACCUCUACCCCGACCACCAGCGUCAGCAGAGACAUAAGCAGACCGGAGCAGGAGGAGGCGGGGGCAGAGGGCCGGAGCAGUACGAGCUGCAGCCAUUGGCCUAUCGACUGAGCGACAGCUUUGAAAACAGCACCUGCACCAGUAAGCUGUCCAACCGGCCCUCUGUGCUCUCUGAUGAGAUCGAGUACUGCGGGAGAAGCAGCAUGGACGGGGACAGCGAGGAGAUGUGCAGCCGUCAACACAAGGCCCUCCAGACUUCAUCUCCGUACAAAGAAAACACCCUGCGACCAGUCGGCCUGGCACAAGACGACGCAGCGAAGGACAAGCUGCUGUGUAAAACAUGCAGAGGCCAGUCUGGUGGUGGGGUGAAGCACUGGAGCAACACAUCCUUCUCCUCAUCCUCCAGCAUAGAGGACACCAUCAUCAGUCACACACUGGAGACCACUGACCAGCCAUCUCUCUGCAAAGACGAGCAAACCACAAACGAGGGCCUCCAUUCCCACCAUCACUCCCAGUCUCAGAGCUCCUGCGACUGUCUGGAGGACUCUAAUGAAACAUGUCUGAGUGACAUCGAACCAGGGCCGUCCAACACGCAGCAACAGGAAGGAGAAGAAGCUGAGUUACAGCCGGGACAUCUAAACGGGAAGAGAGACACACUGCGCCUCUCACUGAAAGAAACAGUUUACGAGAGUUGUAAUAAGGGUCGCACCAAUCAGAGUGAAGAAGUUGUCAUCUUGCCCAACAGUAAGCCGGACCUGCCAGACGUUUGGAUAAAAAGAGACGGACAACGGGAGGAUGCAUGUUGAGCGAAAGUGGAGGAAUAUUUGCAAACACUGUGCAUUAAUUGCUCUAAAUUUACAUAUAGAUAAAAAGACUGUACUUAGACAAGCAUAUAGAAGCUACAAAAGGAGCACUGACACUUUUGUGUUACUCACAGGAAAUAUAAGCCAACUGUAAAUGCAACAUGUGACAGCAUGUUUGUCUAAUGUUGCCGUUAAGGUUGUUAUAUGUUACAGAAUCAGAGCAUGAGCGUCUCUUCAGCGAAAGGUCAAAUCUAAGCAUGACUUCUUAAAAACUGGCAUUUUCACACAGAAGACAAUAAAAAAAAUCAAGUUUUCUUACCGAAAAAAAAAAAAAAAAUCAAGUACUGCACCUACCUGCUGCUGCAGAGUUUACUUUGUGCCUGGGACUUUUUACCAUCUUCACAGACUGGGCUAUAACAAAACACGGUGUCGUUGCUGGCCUUUCUCCAUGCUGGAUCUGACCUCAAUGAGCCAUAUACAUUCACGGACUUCUGAAUAUUAAAAGAUAAAUAUGAGAUAUACAGAGAAAGAGCUGCAUUUAAGUAGCAAACUGUCACUUAACAACAGUCAGUUUUGCACUCUGGCGAUUAUGUGUACAGUGUGUGACAAUGAUGUAGAAAACCAGACAGCUGCAGUUCGUAAUGUGUCAUUCGUAGUGUCACAGCUUGUUUGCAUUUCGUGUCAUGCUGUUUAUUCCAGUGUCAGUGCCAAAAAUGUAAUGUUUACUUACUGUACUAAAAAGGCAAAAAAGGGUUUCUAAUGCGGAUAUACGUGGGUUUAUACACUGUUGGCAAAUCAAGGUGCGUACUACUCCAGGAUACGUGGAUGUCAGUGUCUGCCUUAGCCUUUGAAGAGGAGGAGGAGGAAGCUCUCAUUUCUAUUUCCAAGCAGCAGUUAUUAUACCAUCACAUGCCAAUGCUUCAAAAGCAAACAAUUUGUACAUAGACGUUUGCAGCACUGAAAAUCUACGGAACAGAGAGCCUUUAUCUACACCCCACCCCACCCUACUGGUGAGAUCACAUCAGCUGUUUUUAUGUGCAGGUUACAGUAUGAGCAGCAUGUGCCAAAUGUCUUUCAACAGGUUGUUUCAGUUCUGAAACAACGGAAACUGUGUGUUUUGUGCAAAGGGUGUGUCCUUUAAAAAAGUUAAAUAAGAGUUUAUGGUUCUUAAUAUAUUAAAGUAUAUUAAAAAAACAGGUGCAGCGAUGGUGGUUCAGCACAAAGACCUGGACAAGAAGAGACUUGUGUCUGAUGUGCCUACGAGCAGCGUUAUUUUCAAGCUUUCUCUUUGUAAGAAGUGUUUGCUUUUGACAUCUUGACUGUAUCAUCACAAUUCUGCAACGAGCCUUCACCUUAAAAACCACUCAGCAGAAAAUAACCUGCCUUAGAGAUGAAUGAGAUUCAUCGCAGGCUUUCUAUGAACAGAAGAACGUACAGGUCACCACCACUAUUAUUUACAGGUGUCUAUGUUGUUAAUUUUUCACAAAACUGAAAUAAAAUGUUUAUUUUCCUGCAGACUGGGUUUUUAUUGAAUUCAAAUCUUGUUUGGAGUACGGGGAAAUUACAGGCUUGAAGGAAAUUUAAACUAUAUCUCUGAUAGCACAACAGUCCCCUAGGUAAAAUGAAAAUGAAUUCCAUUUUCUAUUUAUGUUUAAGGCAUUAAAGGAUAACUUCAGUAUUUUUCAACCUGGGUCCUAUUUCCCCAUGUGUAUGUGUGCGUAUGAUUCAUAGGUACAACUCGUUUUAAAAUUG